CAAACGGGCGUCACGCACAUUAUCCGGUUAAUUUACAUACAUAACACCGCCCAGGGGGACGAACAUGAUAAGCUGCCGUCGCUUGAAAGCCAGUCGUGCGGAGGAGAGAAAAAAACAGCCGAAAAAAAGUUUGGACAGGAGAGGGCUGUUUUAAACCGAGCCAAGUGUUUCGACAGUGACGAACGGCGGCUCGUCGGGCUCUUUGCCCCACUUUUGGAUUACGAUAUGGACGCUUUGAUAUCCGCUGGAAGGGCAAUUAUACGGAGCCCCAGCAUCGCCAAACAGUCCUGGGGUUCGGGCAAACAUAAAAAGCUUCCAGAGAACUGGACAGACACGAGAGAGACCCUACUGGAAGGCAUGGUGUUCCACCUCAAGUACCUGGGGGUGACGAUGGUAGAGCAGCCCAAAGGAGAGGAGCUGUCUGCAGCAGCUGUCAAGAGGAUAGUGGCUACGGCCAAAGCCAGUGGAAAAAAACUCCAGAAAGUCACAUUAACGGUCUCCCCUCGUGGAAUCAUCCUUUAUGACAGUGCCUCAAACCAGCUGAUAGAAAAUAUCUCCAUAUACAGAAUAUCAUAUUGCACUGCGGACAAGAUGCAUGACAAAGUGUUUGCCUACAUUGUCCAGAGCCAGCACAAUGAGACUCUGGAGUGUCAUGCCUUCCUCUGCUCUAAGAGAAAAAUGGCUCAGGCGGUAACCCUAACGGUGGCUCAGGCGUUCAGAGUGGCGUUUGAAUUCUGGCAGGCUGCCAAGGAAGAGAAAGAGAAGCGAGUAAAGUCAGGUUCAGAUGGGGAAGGAGCCAGCAACCCCCCGUCGGACAGCUCGGCCAGCCUGGGCAGCCUGAAGGGAGGAGAGGUAGCAACCGGGAGACUUCUGGACUUGGCCGAGGGAGCCAACGCGGCGCUGGUCCACUCAGGAACAAAGCAGUCUGAAUCGGAUCCCUUUAUGGUGCAUAAUCACGCAACAGAGAACAACAAUACUGUAUGGGAAUUGGAGGACGGUCUGGACGAGGCUUUCUCAAGACUCGCUGAGUCUCGCACUAACCCCCAGGUCCUGGACAUUGGGGUAAACCCUCAGGACUUCAACACUGAAGAGUGCCUGUCCCCAGGCAAAUGGGACCAAGAGGAGACAGACUUCACUGCACAAAAAGACACUUUUGGGUUCUAAUGCGAAGCCUCUGCCAAGAAGGGAAAACCAGGGAAAGAUGAGGAGAAAUGGUGGUAAAACAUGGUUGGAAACUGAAGUGACACGACAGACACUGGUGACAUCAGUAAGGUUUCCCACCUUCUCCCUGCUGCCAAGUCCUCUUACUGCUGCAGUCUAGUGGCUCUCUGAUGCUUCUGCAUCCACACGACCAGAGAAGGACAACAUGAGCAGGCUGCUCACCGAACAGGCCAAAGCAAUACAAACCAGUUUAUCCCUUUUCUAUGAAAAACAUGCAGUCACUUAAUGUUUGUUACAGUCAGUGUGUUACUUCCUUUUUUGUGUCUGUUUACCCAUUCACUGUCGGUGAUGUGUUUGUGGUAUGUGCUUGUGUACAUUGCGUUAAAGAAAGUAUGUGUGUGUGUGGAUGUACAGGAUAACAAGUGAGAUAUGGGAACUGUGAUGUGGGUCAAGUUUGGAACACUUCAUGGUGAGAUAAAGGUCAACAAGGGUGCUGUUAAUUAUUUUAUAUACUUCAUGAUGGAGAAAUGCAGCUGCAUUAGAGGGAAACUCACUGGUGAAGGUCACCAACACACCAGUUCCUGUAUUGAGUAGAAGAAUCGAGUUACUACCUAUGUGCUUCAAGACUUCAGCAUUUUGAUGGGCAACAAAAGCUUUAAAAAGUGUGUGUAUGUGUUGGUCAAAGAGUGUUUGUGUGAAAAAUGGAUGAGAACAAAGCGACAAUCUUAUUUUUUUUCUAUUGCAAAAUCUAUUUUUGCACUCCGCAUUCAUCCAUCUUUAAAAGCACACAUUUCAUGUAAGGGAAUUUAAUGUCAGCAAGUAUCCAACUCAUUAUUUAGGCUUGUCUACAGUGCCUCUAUUCACUCUUCCUUUUGAACUUCAAAGUUUACAGCUUUGCAACUUGUUCCGUUGAUACAUUGAGGGUAAACUGUGUGACACCAUGUUGUCAACAGUGUGGAGAACUUUUAAAGUGAGCUCAUCCUAAUUUCAACUCAGGAUGGGAACAUGGAGGGAGGUGGUGAGUUGUUUGGUGUAACUUUCUUUGUGUCACCAAGCCUCAUUAAUCAACUCAAUGAUUUCUAGUUGUAGAACAAAACAUGAAGUCCAAGAAGACGCUGGUGUUCCAUCGGCACGCUACCACCAUAUGUUAAAUUAUGUUAAAUUGACUUGUUAGUUUACUUCUAUUUUUUUUUUCCAGGGACGGUUCCCAGUGUUAUUUUUGGCAUUUGUUUAUGUAUGAAUUUAAUUUAAU